UGCUGUUUCUUUCUAGGAUCUUUCAUUUUAUCUUAAAGUAGUAGUAGAAAGUACUGCACUUUUGUUUUUUAAAAGAAUAAAAUUCUCUUUUAUUUUUUUCGAUCAAUAUCUCUGAUAAAGGAAAAAUCCAAGCUUAAAAAAAAAAAUUAAAAAAGUUAUACAACAUGUUGUUUUUGUUGUUGUUGUUGUUGCUGUUGUAAUCUUUCAAAGUUUAUUAAAAAGCAGUUUCUUUGUUUGUUUCCUUUUAACUUCCUUUUCUCCAUCUGUGUCUUUAAAUUUUUUUUUUUUUUGAAUGACAAUUACUUUUCUUUUUGAUUAUGAUGAGGGAAUUGGAGUAAUUAAGCCUAUGGAGGGUUCAAGACCUAUGUUAGAAAGAAGAACAAGACCACAAAAAGAUCAAGCUUUAAACUGUCCAAGGUGCAAUUCAACCAACACAAAAUUCUGCUACUACAACAAUUAUAGUCUAUCUCAGCCAAGGUACUUCUGCAAGACUUGUAGAAGGUAUUGGACUGAAGGUGGGUCUUUGAGAAAUGUUCCAGUGGGUGGAGGUUCAAGGAAGAACAAAAGAUCAUCAACUACAUCAACAUCAACAUCAUCACCAUCUUCAGCAGCAAAGAAGCUAGCUCAUCAUCUUCAUGAUCAUGAUCAUAUUCAUCAUCAUCUGAACACACCAAGUAGCACCUUCCCCCAAUCUGCUUCUCAAAACCCUAAGAUCCACCAUGGUCAAGAUCUCAACCUAGCUUACCCACCAAGUGAUCAGGACUAUGAUGGUAUUUCUAGAUUUGUUGAAGUACCUUAUACUACUACUACUACUACUACUCAUGAUCAAAAUAAAAGCCAAAGCCACCAUCAUCAAAACCCUAACUCUUCAAUAUCAUCAACUUCAUCACCUUUCUCUGCUAUGGAGCUUCUCAAGACUGGGAUUAUUGCUUCAAGGGGUUUGAACUCAUUCAUUAAUCCUAUGUCUGUGGUACCGAAUUCGAAUACAAUGUUUCCAACUGGUUUUCCUAUGCAAGAAUUUAAACCGAGUUUAAAUUUCGGUCUUGAUGGGUUUGAAAAUGGGUAUGGAGGUCUAAAUGGGGUGCAAGAGACAAGUGCAAGGCUUUUGUUUCCUAAUGAGGAAUUGAAGCAGGUUUCAGGAAAUGCUACGACUACUGCUACUACUACUGAGUUUGAUCAGCAAAAUAGAGGGCAAGGAGAUUCUGGUGGGUAUUGGACUGGAAUGUUAGGAGGAGGAUCAUGGUAAAUAAAAUCCCACCCCCCAAAAAAAAAAAAAAAAUGAAAAAAAUAAAAAGAGCAACUGAAGGUCAAGAAUUAAUGGUGUUUUGGUUUUUGCUGUUCCUUUUUUCACUUUGUUUUGGUGUCUUUGAUGAUCAAACUAACAAAUAGGGUACAUGGGGUUUCUUUCUUUCUUUGCUUCUCGUUUCUUUCAUGGUUGUACUUUUUCAUCGAUCUUUUUUUUUUUUUUUUUUUUGAAAGGGAAUUCUCUUAAUUUCUUUUCCGUCCUCUUUUUUUUUUUUUUUUAAUUAAAUUUUUCUUUAAUCUUUUGGAAAAAUAUGGAUGUGUUUGAAGCUUUAUUUUUAGGUUGGGCUUCAAAAGGAUUUUUCUUGCAAUGCUGUGUAAAAGGAUAAGAACAAGAGGCCAAGGGAAAGUCUUAAUUUCCAUAAUGUAAAAUUUCUUCAUUUAUAGAGCUUUGAUCGUCUAGAAGAAAUUAUACAGAAAGACUCCUUCUUGGGCUUGCACGCCACGGCCUUUUCGCUCUCUUGUUAUAUGUUUCAUAUCUACCACAGCAACUAGCAGCAAAAGAGAGUUUUCAUGAAUCAGAAGAAGUACAACUACUAGUACUGCUUUUUAUGUUUUCCAUAUCUCUGCUACCAAAAUAAUUAAUCUUCCAUAUAUGUUUAAUUAUUUUUAUGUACGCAUUUUAAUUAGUCAACAGAACAAACUUAAUUGACUUAUUUUAUUAUUAUUUUUUGUA